CGCGCUUGCGCAGUAGCUGAACGCGGGCGUUUCUUUCCUCCCUUUUUUUCGAAUUGGUUUUGGGGGUAGAUUCGAGUUACAAAAUGGCCGCCCGGAGCGUGUUCGGCGCGGUUCCCCCAGCGGUCUCCGGCUGAACCGGUGCUCUCGCCUCCCUGCCGAACACAGCGUGAGGAGCCCCCCGGGGACAUGGUGUUUGAGUCUCUGGGCUUGCCGAGCACGAAGUCCUCUGAGGCCCGCAGCGCAGCACCGGAAGCGGCCGAGCGCACUCAGCCCGGCGACCACCAGCCGCUCUAGACCCCUGCGCCGCUGCGCCCCGGGUUUCGCCGCACCCAAGACCCAGCGAGUGCAGCGGCGGCCGCCGAGGAGGUUCGAAAACAUGGCCAAAAGAAAUGCUGAGAAGGAACUGACAGAUAGGAAUUGGGAUCAAGAAGAUGAAGCUGAAGAGGUGGGAACAUUCUCCGUGGCCAGUGAGGAAGUCUUGAAGAAUAGGGCCAUAAAGAAAGCAAAGCGCAGAAAUGUUGGAUUCGAAUCUGACAGUGGAGGAGCCUUUAAAGGUUUUAAAGGUUUAGUGGUACCUUCUGGAGGAGGACGGUUUCCUGGAUUUGGUAGUGGCGCUGGAGGGAAGCCUUUGGAAGGACUGUCGAAUGGAAACAACAUAACCAGUGCCCUUCCCUUCACCAGUGCAAAGGCAGUGGCAGAGCCCAAGGUAGCCUUUGGUUCUCUUGCUGCAAAUGGCCCUACCACCUUGGUUGAUAAAAAAGUUUCAAAUCCCAAAACUAAUGGGGACAGUCAGCAGCCCUCCUCCUCUGGCCUUGCUUCCAGUAAAGCUUGUGUGGGAAAUGCCUAUCACAAGCAGUUGGCCGCCUUGAACUGCUCCGUGCGGGAUUGGAUAGUGAAGCACGUGAAUACAAACCCCCUCUGUGAUCUGACACCUAUCUUUAAAGACUAUGAGAAAUAUUUAGCAAACAUUGAACAGCAACACGGGAACAGUGGCAGGAAUUCUGAAAGUGAAUCUAACAAAGCGGCGGCUGAAACACAGUCUCCUUCCCUUUUUGGCUCAACGAAAUUACAGCAAGAGUCAGCGUUUUUGUUUCAUGGUAACAAAACUGAAGAUACACCUGACAAGAAGGUGGAGGUGGCAUCUGAAAAGAAAACGGACCCAUCAUCCCUGGGAGCGACAAGUGCCUCAUUUAAUUUCGGCAAGAAAGUUGAUAGCUCUGUUUUGGGCUCGUUAAGCUCUGUCCCCCUGACUGGAUUUUCAUUCUCCCCUGGAAACUCCAGUUUAUUUGGCAAAGAUAUUACCCAGAGUAAACCAGUCUCUUCACCAUUUCCCACUAAACCAUUGGAGGGCCAAGCGGAAGGUGACAGUGGUGAAUGCAGAGGUGGAGAUGAAGAAGAGAAUGAUGAGCCACCCAAAGUAGUAGUUACCGAAGUAAAAGAAGAAGAUGCUUUUUACUCCAAAAAGUGUAAACUAUUUUACAAGAAAGAUAAUGAGUUUAAAGAGAAAGGCAUAGGUACUCUGCAUUUAAAACCUACAGCAAAUCAGAAGACCCAGCUUUUGGUGCGGGCAGACACCAAUUUAGGCAACAUACUGCUGAAUGUUCUGAUUCCACCCAAUAUGCCAUGUACGCGAACGGGGAAAAAUAACGUUCUUAUCGUCUGUGUUCCAAAUCCACCAAUUGACGAGAAGAAUGCCACCAUGCCAGUCACCAUGUUGAUUCGGGUAAAAACCAGCGAGGAUGCAGACGAGUUGCACAAAAUUUUACUGGAGAAAAAGGAUGCCUGAACACGCGAAGUCGGCUGUGGAAUUAUUGCCAAGUUGCUGCUUCUUCCACCGCCCCUUAGUUUUUCUUCUCUUCUUUGACAUUCUAAGAACUUACAGAUAACUUAAAACUUUUGUGAGGAAGAUUAAUGUGGCCAAUAAAACCUUUAAAUGUUAAGUGUCAAGAAACUGCACUCUUCCCUUCUUAAGAACUGCCUAAAGUGUAAAAUACAUUUGAAUGCAAUUUUUGGAA